GCAAGAACAGGUGGAUUUCCCAGUGGAAGUGAGCAGUUUACUGAGGAAGGUUGUCUGCCUGGAAUUCUGGAAUAUCUUGCUGCAGAGAAGCAGAAAGAGCUGUCAGUUUUGCUGCUGGAACUACAAGAAGCCCAAGAAGAAAUAACUUUUUUGAAAAGGCAGCUCAAGUGCCCAAACACCAAAACUUCUUCAGGUAACCAAGCAGGAGAAGCAUCUGACCAACUGGAAGAUAAAUCCCAGAUAUGGUUUCUUGAGAGCGAAGAGCAAAAGUCUACAGAUACACAAAAUGAGUUGGAUGGUAGCACUAUCCCCUGCAGAGAGGAGAUGGGGGCAAUGCAAGAAGUCUCUACAGCAGAUCCAGAGCCUGGCAUCUCUCAGUCUCAAGAACUGAUAAAGUUACAAACCCAAAUUACAGAACUGCAAAUAAUUUUGCAGAAAUUGGAAGAAUCCUAUAAGAAAGAUCUAGGAGAAAAAGACGCAGAAAUAAAUAGGCUAAACCAGCUGGCUGAGGAAUACAGAAAAAAAAUAGAGGAUUCUGACAGUGCGUGUUGUGUUUUGACUGGAGAAAAAGAUCAGCUCCUGUGCCAGAUGAAGGAACUUUCUACCAUAACAGAACUGAAAGAGCAAGUGAAGCAACUUGAGGAAAAUCUAGCUCUUUCAGAAAAGCAGAGACUGUCAGACAGUCAAAGCAGUCUUCUGAGAGAACAAAUCCAGAGUCUUAAAAAUGAGUUUAAAUCCAAAGAGGUAAAAAUUGAAGCCUUGCAAAAAGACUUGGAUGAAGCGCAACUUCAGCUUUCUGACCAGGAUGUGCAACUGAAAGAGCUGAGAAGCCAGAUCGAGAAGAAGGAAUGUGAAGUACUUGAUCUAGAACAACUUUUGAGAAAGACUACAGCUGAGAUAGAAGAGCUUUCCCAAAACUUAACCUCAAAGGGACAUGAAACAGCAAGCCUAGAACAGCUUGUUGGAGAACACACCAGGACUAUAGAGAGCCUACAGCAAACCUUGCUGGAGAAAGACCAACAGAUGACAGAGAUCAGCGUCAGCAUGUCUGAGAAAAUGGUCCUUCUGAAUGAAGAGAAAUUUUCUCUAGCAAAUGAGCUGAAGAGUCUUAGAGAGCAAACGAGCCUAUUAUUGAAAGCACAGGAAGAAAAAGAUCAAAACAUAGAAGCAAAAGGCACAUACCUGAAAAGUGGUGCAUCUGAGCAGCAUUCUGAGACAGAGGCAGCAGGUGAAGAAACUGAGGUAAUAGUAGUAAAUCAACUUGAGCUUCUGAAAAAAGAAAAUGAGCAAGUAAAGCGGAAGCUGCAAGCAGCACUUAUUAACAGGAAGGAGCUUCUGAAGAAGGUUAGCAAAUUGGAGAAUGAAUUAGUACAGUUGAGAAGCGAACACGAAUCAGCAGCUCGAGAGGCGGAAGGAGAAGAAAACAUGACAAGCACAUUAAGCAGAGAAGUGAAUCUUGAAAGCCAGCCACGUGAGGAGUAUCUAAUUCAACUGCUUUCUGAAAAGGAAUCUGAGUUGCAGAGCAUCAGGAAGGACCUGCUGGAUAAAGAGACUAAUGAAGCACGAUUGCAGGCAGUGAUUGAGGAAAUGAGGCAAAGCUUGCAAGGCAAAACAAACGUUGCUUCAGUUAAAGAUGAAAUCAUGGGGAGUCAGACGAUAGCUGACAAAGUAACUGAAACCAUUAAAAGCCAAAAAGAUUAUGAGGAAAAUGAAAAAAAUAGUUCAGCAGCUGCAAAUCUUGAAGACAAUCAGAAGUCUGCUCUUGAAGAGAGGAUUUCAGCUCUUGAACAAGAAAAAGAACAACUUCAAAAAAAACUUCAGGAAGCCCUAGUGUCCCGCAAAGACACUAUAAAAAAGGCUCAAGAAAAAGACAGGCAUCACAGAGAACAGCUGAAACAGCAGAAAGACGAUUACAACAUCCUACAAGAACAAUUUGACAAGCAGAGCAAAGAGAAGGAGAGCAUCCAAGCUCAGCUCAGACAACUCCAAGAACAGACAGGAUCAACAGAAAGUGUUCUUGGGACUCAGGAUGGGUUGGAUUCUCCAUGCAUGGAAGCAGAAAAUACAAAAAAUAACGAGCUUGUACAAGUUGCAGAUUCUUCUGGGAAAGAUUUUGAAAAAAAACUUGAAAAAUUGCAGAUGGAGAAAGAGGAACUGGAAUAUAACAUUAGCCAUAUGCAAAGUGACCUUGCUUACAAAUCAGAAUUAGUCCUUCAUUUGCAAGACCAAGUAGCACAAUUGCUUCUGGAGACAGAAGGGCUGAAGAGAACCGCUGACCAAGCUGAAGCUAGGGCAGCACGUCUUCAGAUAGAAUUGGAGGAAAGUCAGGCAAAAAUUUCUAGAGAGGACAGUCUGGAAGACCUGAGAACACUCAUGCACCAAAAGGAUGAAGAAAUGGAAUUUCUUAACUUCCAGUUAAGGGAGAAAAGUGAAGCUCUCAAUAAUGUGCAGGCCCAGUUGCUGGAAAAAGAGGAUGCAGUCCAGAGACUAUGUAGUCAGUUGGAAACUCAGGCUCAGGUACAUGAGGAACAAAACAAGCGACUCCAAACAGAGCUGCUUGAAAUUCAGGAGAAGCAAGAUGAGGGUGCAGAAGUAGCUAAACAGAAGAAUCAAAUGCAGAGAAAGUUGCAAGCUGCACUUAUCUCAAGAAAAGAGGCACUAAAGGAGAGCAAAUCUCUAAAGGAGGAGCUGGCUAAUGCUAAAACCACUAUUGAAAAUCUUUGUGUCAAGUUGACAGAUAUGGAAAGCCAAAUGUGUGGCCGUGUUAAAGAAAUAGAUACUUUAACAGAAAAGUUAGCAGGCCUCACUGAAGAGCGAGAAAAACUUGUUGCAGAAGUUGAUAAAGUACUUACAGAAAAACAGAAUCUUGAUGAAUGCUGUAAAAACCUGACGCUUACUCUAGACAGAGUUGUUCUAGAGAAGGAGAAACUGGAGAAGGAGGUGGAAUCCUUGAAAUGCUUUCAAGCUGCUGAGAGUUCUGAAUGGCAUGAGAAAUACAGGGAGCUUCAGAAAGAGUAUGAAACUCUCCUGCAGUCAUAUGAGAACGUGAGUAAUGAGGCUGAGCGGAUUCAGCGUGUUUUGGAAACUGUUAGGCAGGAAAAACAGGAGAUUUUCAUUAAGCUGAAAAGUGUUGAAGCAAAAAAGGAGGAAACAGACAAGCAGCUACAGGAAGCUGGACAGGAAAUUGAUGGAAUGAAGGAGAAAAUGAGGAAAUUUGCAAAAUCAAAGCAACAAAAGAUCCUGGAACUAGAGGAGGAGAAUGAGAAGCUUAGAGCAGAGAUUUGCUUUACAGAUGGAGAGCUACACAGGACUGAGGAUGUCUUUAGAAAUGCUAGUCUGAAAGAAGAUCUGGAGAACUCUAGGAGGGAUUACCAGUCUCUUUCUGCUCAGCUUGAGACAGUAAUGGCUGAAAAGGAGUCUCUUAAUCAAGAGAUCACAGACUUAAAGUGUCAUUUACAGUUAAUGGAAUCUAAGCUGAAGGAAAGCAGAGAACUGGUAGACAAGUAUGCUGCUCAGACAACAACAGAGGAAGAAACAAAUCAGGCAGUGGCCACACCAGCACCAAUGGAAAGGGCUGAAAAUGAAGUGGACAUAAAUUUUAGACCAGAGUCUCCUACUGUAGAGCUGGAACAAAAAGUGUGUGAAGGUAGUAGCCCUUGUGAAGAUCUUGGUGUUUACAUGCAGCAGAUAGCGGAGCUCACAGAGCGAAUCACGGAACUAGAGAAUAAUAGGAGGGCUUCAGAGCAACAGCUGUGUGACAUCCACAUGUGUGUUGAGACUUUAGCAGGUGAGAAAGGGGCUUUAGAGACCCAAAUGGAAGAAAAAGUCCGUGAAUUGAAUGCUCUUCAGGACACGGUAGCAAAGAUGGAAGAAACACUCCAAAAAACCAAAGACGACCUCAUCAAGGUGACAGAACUGAAGGACAUGCUAGAGGCUGAGAAGGAUGAUUUGGAAGAAAGGCUCAUGAAUCAGCUGGCAGAACUUAAUGGGAGUAUUGGAAAUUAUCAACAAGAUGCAACAGACUUCCAGAUGAAAAAUGAGCAACUGAAACAUGAGCUUCAGAGUUUGCAGAGAAUGAUGCAUGAACUGGAGGAGGAGAAGUGUCAGAUGGCAAAGGAGAAAAGUAAAGCAAAUUCAGAAAAGCAAAAUGAAUUUGUAGAAAAAUUAAAAUGCAGUUGGAGGGGAGACAGCACACAUGUAAAGGAGCUUCAGGAACUACUGAAACAGAAACAGCAGGAGAUUAAGCAGCUGCAGAAAGACUGUAUUAAAAGCCAGGAGAAGAAUAGUAGUUUAGAAAGAACUGUUAAAGCUCUGGAAUUUCUGCAGAGUGAGUCUCAGAAGGAGGUAGAAGCAGCAAAAGAGAGUUUAGCUAAAGCAGUUGAAGACAGCAAGAAAGCCCAAGCAGAGCUUGCGCUCUGCAGAGUAGUUCUGGAUGACACCCAGAGUGAGGCAGCGAGAGCUCUAGCAGAGAGUGUCAAAGUGAAAGAAGAGUUGCAGACAAACAAAGAGAAUAUUAAGAUUCAAAUGAAGAAAAAAGAUGAAGACUUUGAGAAAAGACUGGAACAGGAAAAAGUCAAGCACUCAAAGGAAAUAAAAAACAUGGAAGAAAAGCUGGCAGCUUUGCAGAGGGAGAAAGACUAUGUGGAAGCAACUGUUGGUGAUCUUAAGGACUCCCUGAAGACAAAGGAUCAAGAAGCAAAGCAAUUGGAAGGCAACCUAAAUAAAACACUAGCCCAGCUUGCAGCCUUCACCAGGAGCAUGUCUUCCCUUCAGGAUGACAGGGACAGAGUGAUAGAUGAAUCAAAAACAUGGGAGAAGAAAUUCACUGAAACUAUUCAAAAGCAGGAGGAAGAAAUACGUUCAAAAGAGGAAGCCUGUGUUGUGCUAAGAGACCAGAUGAAGCAGAUGACUAUACAUGUGGAAGAACUUCAGACCCAUAUAUCCAGGCUGGAAUGCAACAAGAAAGACUGGGAAUCUGAAUCCAGGAAGGAGAUUCAACAUCAUCAAAGGACUUGUGAAUUAUUACAGGAGGAAAAAAAGGUGCUUUUGACUCAGGUUGAAGGGUCUCAGAAACUGUACAGCGAGUCUCAGAAUGAACAGCGGAAACUGGAGUUAGAAAUCAGCAGGCUGAGGGACCAGCUUUCUGACUUGCAGAAUUCUCUCACCAAAUGUGAAUUGGCUAGAGAAGAGCUGGGGAGUAUGGUCAAGCAACAUGAGACCAGUAUCCAGAAUUUUAAAUUCAGCUGUGAACAGCUUGAGUCUGAUCUGCAAGCUUCUAAGGACCUAACAAAUAAGCUGCAUGAAGAAACUUGUGCCAAGGAUCAAAAGAUCAUUAGUUUGCUGUCUGCCAAGGAAGAAGCAGUUAUGGCUGCUCUAUCUGAGUUGCAGCAGCAGCAUUCUGAAGAGAUCAAAGCGUUGGAGCAUAGGCUAAGUAAGGAGGAAGAAGAUAAGAAAGCCUUGGAAAAUGAGAAGAACAAUUUUUUUUACAAACUUGAUGAUCUCACUGAAAAGAUGAAGAUAAGCAGAGAAGAAAGUAAGCAGCAGAAGGCACAACUGGACUCCUUCACCAAGUCCAUGUCAUCUUUACAAGAUGAUAGAGACCGCAUACUGAGAGACUACAAGCAACUUGAGGAACGUCAUCUUGUUAUAAUCUUGGAAAAAGACCAGCUAAUUCAAGAGGCUGCUGCUGAAAACAAUAAGCUCAAGGAAGAAAUGAGAAGCUUUCAUAGCCGGAUGGAUGACCUCAACUCUGAGAAUGCCAAGCUGAAUGCAGAGUUGGUACGGUAUAGAGAAGACCUGAACCAAGUGAUUUCGAUAAAGGACUCCCAACAGAAACAACUACUCAAAACACAGCUUCAGCGGAUCCAGGCUCUGGAAAAGGAGAAGGCAGUCAUAGAAAUGGAGCUGAAAGAGUCCCAGCGUACUCAGGAUGAUCUCAGGAAGUGCAUGGAAGCCUUGAAAGAAGAUAAAGUCAGUAUGUCUCAAGAGAUUGAAACCCUUACGUCCUCUCUGUCUCAGGUGCAGAGUGAGAUGACAGCAUUACGUGAGGGGGGUCCUAUCAUGGAGUGUCAAGCACAACUGAAGGCCCAAGAGGAAGAGGCACAGGAACUGAGUUGUAAGCUCUCCCUCUCACAGAAAAGGGUAACAGAACUUGAGGAGGAAUUAGUAUGUGUUCAAAGGGAUGCAGCCAAGAGAGUGGGAGAGGCUGAGGACAGGCUUCGAAAAGAAUUGAAGCACCUGCAUCAUGAUGCAGGGAUAAUGAGGAAUGAAACAGAAACAGCAGAAGAGAGAGUAGCAGAGUUGGCACGGGACUUGAUGGAAAUGGAACAGAAACUUCUUGCAGUCACAGAUGAAAACAAAGACCUCAGAGCUCAAAUUCAAUCUUUUGGGAAGUCCAUGAGCUCUCUUCAGGAUAGCCGGGACCAGGCCAAUGAAGAGCUUCACGUUUUGAAACAGAAAUACUCUGCAGACUUAGAGGAACAAAAGAGCCUAGUGCAGAAUCUUCAGAAACAGAUGGUUCAGCUACAAGAGGAGCAACAUUCCACUGCCAGAGACCGAGAUACAGUGAGGUCCGAGCUGACAGAACUGCAGAAGGCUACUGAUGAAAGAGGUCUCUUGGGCCAGAUUGAGAAACUUAAUCAGAAGCUCAGGGCCAAAGAUGAUGAACUUCUCCGUUUGUCUUCGGAACUGAAAAGCUCUUCCAGCCAAGUCCAGUCUUUCUCCAAGGCUAUGGGAAGCCUGCAGAGCGAGCGAGACCGUCUGCUGGAUGAAUUGGGCAAAACACGUAGGACUGAAGAGGUGAAGCAACAAGCAGAAGGGAGCACUUCCACUACUCCUUCAGAAGUGCAGAGUCUUAAGAAAGCGCUGUCGUCCUUGCAGAAUGAUAGAGACAGAGUGGUAAGAGAGCUGAAGAAUCUGCAGCAGCAGUACAUACUCGUCGGGGUAGAAUCAGCUGAAAAUUCUCGCUUAAAAGCACAACUGCAGGAAUAUCAGCAAGAUGCAGAUAAGCAGCACCAUCUCCAAGAACAGCUGAAGCAAGAAAAUCUUUUCUACCAGCAGGAGCUCCAGCAGCUUAGACAAGAGAAAGCUGUCUGGGAAAAGCAGAACAGCAGCAUAAAGGAGCAGUACCUGAUGGUCAUAGUGGAAAAAGACAAGCAACUGAUCCAUCUGCAAAGGAUCACACAAGAAAUGAGACUACCCCUCAGCAAGUCUCAAAUUGUAGACAAACAGUACCAAACAAAGAUUUCUGCAGAAGUUCUGAGAGGGGACUUUUCAAGCCUAGAAAUGGAGACAAAGCAUCUCCAGGCUCAGCUAAGUGACACCCUGAAAGAGCUGCACCAGAAAGAGCUCAGAAUUCAGCAGUUAAACAGCAAGCUGUCUCAGGUCUUUGAGGAGAAAAAUGCCCUCUCCCUCCAGCUUCGUGGUAGCAGUCGGAGCAUCUGUGAGAGUCAUCAGCACUACAAUGAAGUUCUGCACCGCUGCUUGGAGCUUGAGAGGCAGCUCCAGGAGCUGCAGUCUGCGGACAAAGGCAUGGAGUUGUUUGCAACAGAUGCGGCUCCAGGAGCACCUCAAGAAAAGAAUGAGCCUCAGAGAGGCAGUUACACACCAGAGCUGCAGGACUUGGAGAUGAGAUUGUCUGAAACGGAACAUUUACAUAGCAGCACAAAGCAAGAUCUGAGGUAUUUGGAGGAGCAGCUGGAGGAAGAACGGGACCGUCGUCUUGCUGUAGAGGAGGCACUCUCUGCAGCACAGGAUCAGAUCAGAAGGUUGCAGUCAAGUGAGUGGACGUCUUCCUUAAGUGCUAGCAUCGAUAUGACUCCAGGUCAUGAGCAUUCCUUGCUGACUGACUCCAUGGAUAAUCAUUUCAGCAGCAGAACUCGGAAUAUCCUGGGAUUACGGCGCCUGUUACGCUCUCUCUUCCAUUCCCGGACCCACUUGCCUCUGCUAGUGUCCAUGUAUCUCCUUGCUCUCCACGUCCUGCUCUUCCUGUGCUUUACAGGCCACCUGUGA